AUUCGGUUUUCCGCAGUCUCCCUCCGCAAAUUGACGUAGUUCUCAUGGUUUGCGAUUUAAAAAAGAUGUAAUUUUAAUGCAACGACAAUAACACUGAUGCUGUACAGUAUUUUAGUUUAUCUCCAUAUCGAUGUGUUACUGGAUGUUUAUUGAAAACGGCMGUUUUUAGUUGUAGGGCGUUUGAAAUCGGACACCACUGGUGUUUUACGAUCCUCGUAAGCCGCGGAGGGAUACUCUUUUGGAACCGACAAUGUGGAGGCUGUUAACAUGUCUACUCGGAAGAUAAAAUGGUUACAAUUGUAGCAACUAAAAUAAUCGAUUGAGAUAUCACAAGAGUUAUGAAGCUAUUUGGAAACAUUGUUUCAUUUUCGUGACKUGGACUGUAUAACGAACCAAUAAGGGUUUGGGAGAACACGAUAUCGUCGUUCGCUCUUCAUUUACAGUCCGGAGCACAGAGAGGGAAUCUAUCCCCAACUUUGUUUUUCUCUCUACAAGCGUUCUUUUCCCCCCCUGUUGGAUGCUACAUAAUUAAAGAGGUUACUGAAAGUUGCUGAGACUGCGAGGGCCAAAGGAACAGCAGCAGAGAAUGGCUACAGUGGGAACAGACAAGGAGCUCAGCGACCUGCUGGAUUUCAGCGCGAUGUUUGCGCCACCGGUGUCAAAUGGGAAGAACAGGCCCACCACUCUAGCCAGCAGCCAGUUUGGAGGCUCCGGUAUAGAUGAGCGGAGCGGUCCUGGCCCCUGGGUAUCAGGAGAACAGAACAGCCCUUCCUUCAACCAGGGACGGGGUUAUGGCGAAGGAGCUCAUUACAACGAGCAYGAAGGCCUCGCUUCCACCCCCUUGUUCGGCUCGGGGAUCGUUGGGAAAGCUGAGCGAGGACCCUACUCUUCUUUUGGAGCGCAGCCGGGCUUUAUGCCCAGUGAGAUGCCCAUGCCCAGUCCUGAUGCCCUGUCACCCUCGGGCCUGAAGUCUGGCUCCCAGUUCUACCCCUCCCAAUUCAACCCUCGCAGGAGACCCACCCAGGAGAGCAUGGAUGCCCAGCCAAAAAAGAUCAGGAAAGUUCCCCCUGGCCUGCCCUCUUCGGUGUAUGCAUCGGCCUCAGGAGAGGAAUAUAACAGAGACGGUGCAGGGUAUCCUGCCUCCAAGCCUGGAAAUGUAGCCUACCCCGGCUCCUUCUACAUGCAAGAAGGCCUGCACCCCUCCCCUGACCCAUGGAGUUCUGGCGGGUCGAUGGGGCAGCCGGGCUACUCUACAGCCAUGCUGGGUAACUCCCCCCACCUGGGCCAGCCUACACCCUUCACAGCCAUCAACCCCCAGGACAGACUGAAACGCCAGCCGCUGCCUCUCUCGCCCCAGAACUACCCCCUGCACGGCAGCGAGGUGAACGGGAGCUUCCACUCAGGAUCCACUGGCUAUGGAGUCUCCAACCACACCUCCCCCAUCAACGGAACAGACACCAUCAUGGCCAACCGGGGGACAGGAAGCUCAGGAGAUGAGAUCGGCAAAGCCCUGGCAUCGAUUUAUCCCUCAGAUCACAACAGCAACACCUUCCCAUCAUCUCCGUCUACUCCAGUGGGCUCUCCCCAGGCCAUAGCAGGUUCUGCCUCUCAGUGGCCUCGGGGCUCGGGACAGGCCACACCCUCUCCAAACUUCGAGGGUGGACUGCAGGCUCUGCAAAACAAGAUGGAGGAUCGUUUGGAGGAGGCCAUCCAUGUGCUCCAGCGUCACGCCGGGGGACAAGGGGGUCCAGGGGGGCUGGCUGACAUGCACAGCCUCCUCAGCGCUGGGAUAGGAGGGCUCGCCCAGGCCUUCAACAAUGCUGGCCUGGGAUUGGCCAACAGACUGCCCAACCUGAUGUCCAACCACCACGAGGACUCGACUGGUGGGGGUGUGCAUGGUCAUCACGGCCCUCCCUCUGGCAGCCAGCCCGAAGGCUUCACCAGCCUCCCUCGCUCCACACACUCAUCCAGUGGCUCUGACAUCAAAAGGGAGGACAAGGAGGAUGACGAGAAUUCCUCUGUGGCUGACAAGUCAGAGGAUGAGAAGAAAGACUCGAAGGCCCGCACUCGAACAAGAGAGAUGUUCUCCUUCCAGACCUUCUCCUCCUCCCUAUCAGACACGGGAGCAGACAGCAGCAGCUGCAGCACGGCCUCGCUGAACGAUGAGAACCUGACGGCCGAGGAGAAGGAGAAGCGCGAGCGGGAGCGCCGCUCGGCCAACAACGUCCGGGAGAGGGUGCGCGUGCGUGACAUUAACGAGGCGUUCAGGGAGCUGGGCAAGAUGGUGCAGGUGCACGUGUGCAGCGACAAGGCCCAAACCAAACUCAUCAUCCUGCAGCAGGCCGCGCAGGUCAUAAUGGGUCUGGAGAAGCAGGUCCGAGAGCGUAACCUGAACCCCAAGGCAGCGUGUCUGAAGCGGAGGGAGGAAGAGAAGGUUUCGGGGGUGGACCCCCAGAUGCAGAUGGGAGGGGGGCACCCCGGGUUAGGGGGCGAUGGACACAACUCUGUCAGCCAUAUGUAACACCUGGCUCCUGAUCCUCUUGAUUUGUACAGCUCUUAGAAGACGUGGCCUUAUUCUCUUAUCAUGCAUCUCAGUGUGUGUCAAUCCACAAAGGUGCUCUCUAUAUAUGCUAGCACAUAUAGUGGAGAAGCGCAUUCUCACACAGACACACACACACACAAAACUGACAAACGCCAGUGGCCACAUUCCUGACCAUGAACACACAACACAUACACACCAAUACACACAGAGUUUUGAAGAAUACUUACAGUAAACACCCUGAACUCCAAGGAGAGACUGGAUCACAGGCAGAGGAAAUUUAAACGCAAUGAUUUUUUUUGCGUAUUGUUUGUUUUUGUAAGACAUUUUGAAGAAGUUGCUUUAUGUGUUGGGAGCAACAUUUGUUUGGAUCAAAUAGUAUUUUUGGAUCAAUUGCUCAUGUGAGCAACCUAGGAUUUUGUGUCCUUUUGAUAGUCAUUUGCCAUUCCCACCUGAAAAGUAGGUCUUACUUUCAUCACAAGAAAAGGUGACAUCAGAAUCUAACCUGUAUGAGUAACUAUGUGCCUGAUGUACAUGCAUAACGCCAAGGCUUGGGCAAGUUACAAUCGUCGUCGUCAUCCCCACCAUCAUUUUUACUUUUUUUUCCCCUCAAUGUCAAACACAGAAGUAGAGUUUGAGGUAUCCAGCCACCAGAUUUGAAAAGACUGGACUGUCAUAGUGACGAAUGGACACUUAUUGAAUUGGCAGGCAGAGUGCUGUUAUAUAGCACAAUGAUAAAAAAGAAACCCUAGCCAACUUUGGCCAUAUUUCUUUGUUUAUGCCUUCUCGUAAGGGCUGCCCAGACACAGGCCCGUCUGAAGAUUUAUUAUGGUGUGUAUUAUUUUGAUCCAGGGAUCCUACAAGCCUUCCAUUUUGUCUUCAUCUGUUUGUCGUCACUGCCAUGAGUGGAGUUGAAGGACUGCCAGUGAGGAAGGUGAGCUCAUCAAUACAUACCGAGACCCAGGACAGGUCAUGAUGACUCGCUACUAGCUGAAAACCACUCCCCGUUCACCUACUAUUCCACAGGAUCACUCUGGCAUGGUCAUCUCAAGACUUCCUCACUCUGUCUUGGGGAGAUUGGACUGAAACAUGCAGGAAGUGUGUGUGCUCUGAACCAGAGCAAGCCUCUCCCCCUCCACUCCCUCUACCGUACCCGUCUUUGCCCCUCUGGUUCUGUUUCCAUUUCAGCCAGGCCAUGUGGAUGCGUGGUCAGUAUACUCUGCCCCAAACUCAGUCAACCACCUGCCUUCAUCGCCUUCUCCUCUUCACGUUUGUGGAGCAAGUGUCGUCAGUUGGCAAGGCAAACCUAGAUGUCCAGGUCAUGCGUCCUUAAAAGACUAUGUAAGACGGACUAUGUCAGUUUUCAGUAGACUACAGUUAGUUUGAAGAGGAGAGGCUAUAUGGACACACUUGGUGCCCAAAUUGAUGGCGUAUGUCGCGCAGCUGAGUCAAGUGGAGCUGAACGGAUUCAGCUCAGGCAGUCUGAAGAGACCUUCCCAGCUAGCUAGUUUAUGCUCGUGGCUAGAAAAUUYGGCAAGAAUUUAAAACUUGUAAUUGCUAAGUAAUUGCUCAUCCAGAUGGUUACUACCAGUAGUACAAGUUAUUUCUCAWGUAGGCUGCUAUCCUACUCAAAAUAAAAUCAAGUGGGAUGGAACAAAUUGGCCCCUUUUAACUACCUCCGGGGAUAUGUUAUACUGCUGCSCAGUGGGAAGCAACUCACGCCGACAAGCACCACGUCAUUCGCACCGGUUUGUCGUUACUCGCCCAUAGAAAUAAACAUGACUUUCUUUUACAAGUUGUCAUUUUUUUAAACUAGCACCAUGCUGCUGUUUUAGCCAGCAUAAACUAGCUAGCUGUGGAGGGCUCAUCUGGAUGACAGACUGAACCGAAGCCAUUCGUCUCCACUCGGCCCUUUAGCUGCAUCAUUCAUUUUGGCACCAUGCGUAUCCGUAUAGCCUCCCGUACAGAAGGAAUGGCUGUUGGACUUCAAGAGGGUUUAUUUUGUGGUGUGCAUUCUGAAAUGUCAUGGAUAUCUUCCCUUGAAUGCAUUCAACUGCCAUCGAUGGACAAUUUUGUGUUCCUWAAAUUACAGGAAGCAUUGGGUGUUUUGAACAAUUUACAAAGCCUGUUUGUAAGGAUCCUCCUUUUUGUAGAAGUGAUUUGUUUUUYGUUUGUUUUUUACUUUGUAAGAUAGCUGUAUGAGUUUUCUUUUGGAUUGCUUACUUUCUUUUCAUUUACAUUGUUUAAAUGUAAGGGCGACUCAUUUUAAAGAUACCAGGAACAAACUUUAAGUGUCUCUCUUCCCUCCCAAACGUAGUGAUCUCUCUUUUCUUCUUCUUUUUUUACCAUUGGGAAAAGCAUGACGUGCCAGUUGCUUUGGUGUAAAAGUAGUUCAUGCCAACUCCUAAUCUGGCUAGAACAUCCCCAACCUGUUUUGGAAGUACCUGUAAUUUGGAGGAUGUCUGUUUCAGAAAAAAACUGCAAAAAGUCUGUAUAUGUAAUUGAUACCAGUUAUUACUACUUACUCAC